AUGGCCAGCCAGUUACGCCUCCCUGUCGCCCGGUGCCUCUCGUCCUCAAAGCCCCACUGCCGAAACGUCCAAGUGGGCAUCUGCGUGGCGAUCCAGCGCAGCGAUGGGCGAAUCCACCUCGCAGUGGUCACAGAGUUCAAAAGAGAAAAUCCUUGGGUCACAGUAGAGUGGGUUGAAAAAGGAGUCAAAAGAGGCAAAAAGAUUGAUCUAGAGACCAUAUUCCUGCUGAACCCAGCGCUGGCCUCUGCGGAACACCCUACACCAUCCAGGUGCUUGUCCCGCUUUUCUCUAGUGCCCUCUUCCGCCAUCGGGGACCGACGUAUGGCCACACGGUGGAUCGCUACGAUCCCUCAGAAAACCAAAACACCCUCAGGGGACAGUCUGGCUGCAAAAGUCCCCAGCAGUCCUUGCCUGAUGAAACAGAAAAAGUCUCCCUGCCUCUGGGAAAUUGAGAAACUGCAAAAGCAGCGGGAGAAGCGCAGACGGCUACAGCUGGAGAUCCGAACCCAACGUGCCCUCAAUGUCCACACGGGAAAUCCCAACUAUGAGAUAAUGUGCAUGAUCGAAGAGUACCGCAGGCACCUGGACAGCAGCACGAUGUUCAAGCUGGAGCGGCGGGAACACCAUCGGAUCUGUGUCUGCGUGAGGAAGCGACCUCUCAACCAGCGAGAGACCACCAUGAAGGACCUGGACAUCAUCACCAUCCCCUCGGACAACAUGGUCAUGGUGCAUGAGUCCAAGCAAAAGGUGGACCUCACUCGCUACCUAGAGAACCAGACCUUCUGUUUCGACCAUGCUUUCGAUGACCAGGCCUCCAAUGAGUUAGUGUACCAGUUCACUGCUCAGCCGCUGGUGGAGUCCAUCUUCCGCAAGGGCAUGGCCACCUGCUUUGCCUAUGGGCAGACGGGCAGUGGGAAGACACACACCAUGGGUGGAGCCUUUUCAGGAAGGGACCAAGAUUGUUCAAAAGGCAUUUAUGCCCUCGUAGCUCAGGAUGUCUUCUUCCUGCUCGAAACCUCAGCCUAUGAGAAGAUGGACCUCAAAGUCUAUGGGACAUUUUUUGAGAUUUAUGGGGGCAAGGUAUAUGAUUUGUUGAACUGGAAGAAGAAGCUGCAGGUCCUUGAGGAUGGAAAUCAGCAAAUUCAGGUGAUCGGGCUGCAGGAGCAGGAGGUGUGUUGUGUGGCGGACAUGCUGAACCUGGUAGAACUAGGGAACAGCUGCCGGACCUCUGGACAGACAUCAGUCAAUGCCCACUCUUCCAGGAGCCACGCUGUGUUCCAGAUCAUCCUAAAGUCGCAAGGGAAACUACAUGGCAAGUUUUCUCUCGUUGACUUAGCUGGGAACGAAAGGGGAGCAGAUACUGUGAAGGCCAACCGGAAAAGGCAGCUGGAAGGGGCAGAGAUUAAUAAGAGUCUCCUAGCGCUCAAGGAAUGCAUCCGAGCUUUGGGUCAGAACAAGUCUCAUACGCCAUUCAGAUCCAGCAAACUCACACAAGUGCUCCGUGAUUCCUUUAUAGGCCAGAACUCCUCCACUUGCAUGAUUGCUACUAUCUCUCCAGGGAUGGCCUCUUGUGAAAACACCCUCAACACUUUAAGAUAUGCAAAUAGAGUAAAAGAAUUAACUCUAGAGUUCAGACCCUACCGUCGUCGUUGUCUCUGUCCAGUUGGACAUGAGGUGCCAAGGAUGUUGGAAAAUCACAUUGGGAAUUCAGAAGUGUCCCUUCAGAGGGAGGAAUUUAUUAAAAUACCUCGUAUACAGAGUGAGGAGGAGGAAAAGACUAAAGAAAUUGGAACAUUAUCCACUCCAUUAAUGGAAGAUACAAUGACUUCAUCGAAGGAAUCACACCCAUGGCCAGGGGACAACAUCCAGGAGACAGCUCAUGGGGUAAACCGUGAUGUUCAUUUUUGCAUUACCCGGUUAUUGUCCGUUUUGGAGCAGAAAAUAGGCAGUAUGACUGAAAUUCAAAAGAAGCUGAAAUUAUUACGAGCAGAUCUCCAAAAAAGAGAAAGGUAG